AUGGUUUUGCAGCUACCACCCCAAUUGAUCCUACGUAUCGCAGGAUUUCUUCAAUCCGAAAAUGGUAUCAAUACCCUUGCUCACACAAGCCGCACGGUGCAUCAGAUGCUCAAUUACUUUCUCUACCAAUACAAUGCUCAGAAAUCGGAAGGGUCAGCACUCACAUGGGCUGCUAGGAACGGACAAACUCAAACCGCAUGUAUGGCGAUUAGCGCAGGCGCCACACCAUUAGACGAGGCACUUGGCUUAGCCGCGGGCUUUGGACAUGCCAAUGCGGUCAAGCUGCUUGUUUCUACAGAUGGGGUGGAAGUAAAUUGCAAAGACAGCCAAGGCCAGACACUACUAUCACGGGCAGCUUCUAAGGGCCAUGAGUUUGUUGUCAGGCUGCUGAUGGAGUCUGACGGCCUUCUUGUCAACUCCAGAAAUUAUGAAUUUGGAAGAACGCCUUUGUGUCUUGCUUCUCAAUAUGGGCACACUUCUGUCGUCAGGUUGCUCCUUGCUCUCACAAAAGUGGACGUCAACUCGGUGGAUGAAUAUGGAAUGACUCCUAUGGGAUACGCUGCAGCACGUGGUCGUGAGUCCAUCGUGAGGCUCCUGUUGGAGUCCGGGCGAACAAAGGUGAAUUUGAAAGAUGCUCAUGGAAACAGUCCGCUAGCCCUCGCGGCAAGAGAGGGUCAUGAACCCGUCGUCAGGCUACUUCUCGAUCGUACGAAGUCGACAUCGAUGCACAAAAUACAAACGGGCAAACGGCAGUAUUGA